AUGGCCAGAUUGGAGAGCUUGAUCGGCCUGGUCAACAGAAUCCAGCGAGCCUGCACCGUUCUAGGCGAUCAUGGCGGUGAGGGUUUGUCGCUCUGGGAAGCUCUUCCUACCGUUGCCGUUGUUGGAGGCCAGAGUUCUGGAAAGUCAUCGGUUUUGGAGAGCGUGGUCGGGAGAGAUUUCUUGCCUCGUGGAUCCGGUAUUGUGACAAGGAGACCGUUAGUGUUGCAACUUCACCAGACGGAUGAGGGACGGGCUGAAUAUGGAGAGUUUCUACAUGCACCUAAGAAGAAGUUCACUGAUUUUGCUUCUGUACGUAAGGAGAUCCAGGAUGAGACUGAUCGUAUAACUGGGAAAACAAAACACAUCUCCAACAUUCCAAUUCAUCUCAGCAUAUAUUCUCCAAAUGAGGGACAACCAGACACCAUUGUUGAAGAUAUUGAGAAUAUGGUCCGUUCUUAUGUUGAGAAGCCUAACUGCAUUAUAUUGGCUAUAUCACCUGCUAAUCAAGAUAUUGCCACUUCAGAUGCCAUCAAACUUGCAAAAGAAGUCGACCCUACAGGUGAAAGGACAUUUGGAGUGCUAACAAAACUUGAUCUGAUGGACAAGGGAACCAACGCUCUGGAUGUUAUAGAAGGAAGGUCAUAUAGACUGCAACACCCAUGGGUUGGAAUUGUGAACCGUUCACAAGCUGAUAUCAACAAGAACGUUGACAUGAUUGCUGCUCGUCGGAAGGAGAAAGAAUACUUUGAAACUAGUCCUGAAUAUGGACACUUGGCGCACAAAAUGGGCUCAGAGUAUCUUGCCAAACUUUUGUCUAAGCAUCUGGAGAUUGUCAUCAGGCAGCGUAUACCUAGUAUCAUUGCUUUGAUAAAUAAGACCAUUGAUGAGCUUAAUGCCGAGCUGGAUCGUAUAGGCAGGCCAAUUGGUGUAGAUUCAGGGGCCCAGCUAUACACUAUUUUAGAACUAUGUCGUGCAUUUGACCGUGUAUUUAAGGAACACCUGGAUGGAGGGCGACCUGGUGGAGAUCGAAUAUAUAAAGUUUUUGACCAUCAAUUACCGGCUGCCUUGAAAAAGCUUCCCUUUGAUCGUCACCUCUCUUUAAAGAAUGUCCAAAAAGUUGUUACUGAGGCUGAUGGCUAUCAGCCCCAUUUGAUUGCUCCAGAACAAGGAUACCGAAGACUCAUUGACGGAUCUAUUGUCUAUUUCAAAGGACCAGCUGAAGCCUCUGUGGAUGCUGUGCACUUUGUUUUGAAAGAACUUGUACGGAAGUCAAUAGCUGAAACAGAGGAAUUGAAACGAUUCCCUACACUUCAAUCUGAUAUUGCAGCAGCUUCCACAGAAGCGUUGGAAAGAUUUCGUGAUGAAAGCAGGAAAACAGUUACACGGCUGGUGGAAAUGGAGUCUAGUUAUCUGACAGUCGAAUUUUUCAGAAAGCUUAAUCUUGAAUCAGACAAAGGUCCAAAUCAAACAGGACCAAAUGCGGACAAAAACUCAAAAGAACCAGUACAAAACAUGGACCGUUUUGGAGAUAAUUAUCUCAGGAGAAUUGCAUCAAAUGUCAACUCUUACAUCAAUAUGGUUUGUGAGACGCUGAGGAAUUCGAUUCCCAAGGCUGUUGUUCACUGUCAAGUUCGAGAGGCCAAGAGAUCGCUGCUCAACCUCUUCUACGCCCAAAUUGGGAGGCAAGAGAAGGAGAGGCUUGGUGCAAUGUUGGAUGAGGAUCCAGCGCUCAUGGAAAAGCGAACAAACAUUGCCAAACGGCUUGAACUAUACAAGUCAGCUAGAGAUGAGAUCGAUUCUGUAGCAUGGAAAUGA